GAACAAGAAAUGCAGCAAAUCAUCACUAACUUAGAACACAUGUGGACAGAUGAUACUAGAAAAGACAAAUCUAACAGAGAUAUUGCACAAUAUCUGUCCAACAUGCUUUUCAGAUCAUGUAACCCAUUCGCGUUAGUUUUAUUUCUGAUUGACAAAGCUAAAGACACUCACACUGCCAAGACUACAACCCUGUCUUUUUUCAUGAUGAAGGAGUUUGAUAAAUGGUGUAAAAUGAAUAAUAGUAAACUAGACAUAGAAAAACUUAUCUCUAAAGAUAUACAAAUGAAAAUCUAUGAUAUUUGUACUAGAAAUCACAUGACCAUGUUCGAUAUGGCCGUCCGAUGUUUUCAUUUGUGUUACCAUGGAAAUGAUCAUUUUCUUCCAAGGAUUCGAAAAUUCAUAGAGAAUAAGAAAUUCAAAGAGGCAGCCCAUUGUGCAGGUAAACUUGGAUUGCAGCACCAUUUUGAUAUGAGUGAGAUAGUUCUACCACUGAUUCUACAGGACAAAGUUAAUUUACUUGAGGUUUAUGUCAGCGGCUUUCCAGAGCAUCAAGAGAUGCUCGUCCGAUAUUUAGAUCAUCUUUGUGACAGGGAAACUGAUUUAGAUCUGGUACAAAGCUCUAUACCGAAGGUGUCCGGGGUGAAGAUGGACAAAUUUCAACGGAAACCUCUUAGUAAACUUGCUGUGAGGCUGCUUAAACUGUAUAAAAUACCACAAGACAUGUGUCCAAAUAUUUCCAAUGUUAGAGGUCUUGGUGCCUUGAGAUAUCUACUUCACAAGAGAUUUAUUGAGAAAGGAAUGGGUGCAGGGAGCUGGGAGGAGAUGGUGAGAGGAGCUGUGGGGGAUAAUGACUUCAUGAAGGAACAAUUAGUGGAGCAACUUGCACUCUAUAAUGAGUUGGAGGAGGCAGCUAAAUGGGCGAGUGUUUAUAAUCUCAGUGAUUCUGUGAUCCCAGAGGCUGUCUGCAGUGUUAGAGAUGACCUGAUCAGUAAUAAAGCCAACAAUUCAGAGAACAACAUUUCUAUGCAACAAGAUUCUGCUUGUGGUGACACGGAAGAGGAUUGGGAAAACUCAUGUUAUACUGAAGCAGAGAUAAACUUGAGCUAUUAUCAGCUUAAUCUACCAUUGGAGAACAUAGAAAUUGUAGACACACUGGAAAAAUAUGACAGCUGUAUGACGCGCCUGACACAGCCGGGUAGUGUGGUGGGAAUAGAUUCCGAGUGGCGGCCAGCAUUCUGUGGACAGAUACAGAAGGUAGCAUUAUUACAGUUGGCAGUGAAGGACAGAGUAUUCCUCCUGGACUUGGUAUCCCUGGACAAAUUAUUUACAGAGAAGAUGUGGCAAGAAUUUGCUCAGUCUUUCUUCUGUUCAAGUGAUGUACUCAAAUUGGGUUAUGGGAUAGAAUCAGAUUUGAAGAUGAUACUUAGAACAUUUCCAUGUAUUAAAGAGAACAUGUUAGGCGUGAAGAGGAUUAUUAAUUUGGAACUCCUUGCAAAAAAGUUUGUGUUGAAAGAUAUAUCCCCCGUGUUUGAUGAGGACGAUGACAGCGAUAAAGUACGUAAACCAGACGGUGCCGCUGUCGAUGAUGACAACAGUGACUCUACAGGUUUUAGUGCAACUGCAGAGAAAGGUCUGAGUGAGGUUGUAAGAAAGUGUUUUGGUAAACCAUUAAAUAAGUCUGAACAAAUGUCAGAUUGGGAGCGAAGGCCACUUCGUGUGCAGCAAAUACGUUAUGCUGCACUAGAUGCUUACGUUCUUUUGGAACUAUAUGAGGUAUUGCUGCAGUUGUCAAAGCAACAAAAUUCUAAUAUUGAUAUGGAGCCUAUGAUUUCUAUGAAAUGGUUAAAACCAAGUAAAAACGAGAAACGUCGUGCCAAGCAGAGAGGUGACCAUAAACAAAAAGCACCAAAAAAAUUGCCAGCGCGGCAAACUCCUGUAUCAGGUGAACCAAGUUCUCCAAAGUCACUUAGAGUGGUUGUUGACACCAUGUUAUCUGGACUUGGAAAGCAGUUAAGAAGUUGUGGGGUAGAUGUGUACAUAGUAGAACCAUAUGCUGAUCAUGACAGGGCUGUUCAGAUAUCCAGGAAAGAAAAUAGAAUUGUUCUUACAAGUGGAUUACCCUAUGAUAUGAUUGUUGGUCAAGUAGGUUAUGAGAUGUGCUACAAUGUAAUGUGUGAUACAGCCAAAGACCAGGUCAUAGAAGUUUUAAACCAUUUCAACAUCAGGGUACAACAACACGAUAUCUUUAGCAGAUGUCAGGUGUGUAAUGGAGAUGUCUACCUGACCAUACCUUCCAAAGACAUGGAGCUGUUAGCCCAGCGUAAAGUCCAAAUGAUCUCAGGUCAGUCUUCAAACAGCUCGGACCAAACUGUACAUGAAAAAGUCCAGCUUCCGGAACUUGUGACCGAUUUACCAAAGAACUCAGAAUUGGAGACAAAAUUUGCUGAAUAUGGAAUAGACUGGACCACUGUCACAGUAUUAGGAAAUGGUGCUUCAAUACAGACAGAAACAGUGAUACAGUCUAUUUUCAGUAAAGUGGACACAUUUUAUUGUUGCGCGACCUGUGGCAAGGUAUUCUGGGAAGGGACACAUUUUGAUCGUGUGUGUGAGCAGUUUUCACAUGUGCUAGGCACACAAGCAAAAGGACCAACUGUUUAUGAAAAGUUAAAUGAGAAUUUCUCUUGAUUAUUUUAAUUUGAAAAUGUCCAAAAAUGAUGAAUUUAUAGAUGCAAAACUAUUGGACCAAAAGAAACAUCAUAGGAUAGUUACAACUGUUUCGUACCAAGUGUUAACAUGUUUAUCUGUCGAAAUUGAAAUGACUUAAUCUGAUGCGAUCUGUUUAUAGAAUUUGUUUUUAUACAAAAAUAUUGACUGCAAAAUCCCAAUUUUUAGCGUUGUUUUCACUGUGAUUAACUAUGAAAAUCAGUAUUCUCCACUUUCUUGAAAUUGUAGAAAUUUUCUCAAAAUAACAGAAAUAUCAAUAAGUAAAUCAAGUAGUGCUGAAUUUAUAUCAUUGUGUCGCCUUGAAAAGGUGACAUAUAGGGGUUACUUUUGUCGGCGGCGUCUGUGUCGGCGGCGUCGUUGUCGGCGUCCCCUAAAGCUUGUCCGGAGCAUAACUCAGUCACUAUAAGUCUGAUUGACUUCAAACUUUGUAUGCAUGCUUCUUUCAAUAACCCGAAGUGCAGUGCACAAAGACCGGUACUCUGCAGUUCUUAAUUUUUGAGUUAUUGCCCUUUGUUAAUUUUCAUACUUUAAUUUUGUCCGGGCCAUUUCUCUUCAACUAAAAAAGCUAUGGACUUGAAACUUCAUAGGAUGAUAGAUCUCAUUAAGAAAAAGUGCAGUGCACAAGAACAGGUACUCUGCAUUUCUUAUUUUUUGAGUUAUUGCCCUUUGUUUAUUUUCAUACUUUAUUUUGUCCGGGCCAUUUCGCCUUAAGUAUAAAAGCUAUGGACUUGAAACUUCAUAGGAUGAUAGAUUUCAUUAAGAAGAAGUGCAGUGCACAAGAAUCGGUACUCUGCAUUUCUUAUUUUUUGAGUUAUGGCCCUUUGUUAAUUUUCAUACUUAAUUUUUGUCUAGGCCAUUUCUCCGAAAGUAUAAAAGUUAUGGACUUGAAACUUCAUAGGAUGAUGGAUCUCAUUAAGAAAAAGUGCAGUGCAUAAGAACUGAUACUCUACAUUUUUUAUUUUUUUAGUUAUUGCCCUUUGUUGAUUUUCUUACUUUAUUUUUGUCGUGGUCAUUUCUCCUCAAGUAUGAAAGCUAUGGACUAGGAUGAUAGAUCUCAUUUAGAAAAAGUGCAGUGUACAAGAACCGGUACUCUGCACUUAUUAUUUGUGUGUGAUUACCCUUUAUUAAUUUUCAUACUUUAUUUUUGUCCAGGCUAUUUCUCAUAAAUUAUAAAAAAUAUGGACUUGAAACAUCAUAGAAUGAUAGAUCUUAUUAAUAAGAAGUGCAGUGCACAGAAACUGCUGCUCUGCACUUAUUAAUUUAUUAGUUAUUGCCCUUUGUUAUUUUUCAUAUUUCAUUUUUCUCCUGGCCAUUUCUCCUAAACUAUAUUGUUCACAAGGCAACACAUCCGACUCGCGGAGUUCUAGUUAUUUCAUUAAAAUAGUGUACACUGUC